UCGUCUGGAUGCCAACCACAUCUCCAGUGUUCCUCGGGGCUGCUUCGACGGCCUCCAGUCUCUACGUCACCUGUGGCUGGAUGACAACUCUCUGACAGAGGUGCCAGCUGACGCCCUGGGGGCCCUGUCCUCCCUGCAGGCCAUGACCCUGGCUCUCAACAGAAUCACACAUAUACCUGACCGGGCCUUCACUAACCUCUCCUCCCUCGUGGUCCUGCAUCUCAAUAACAAUAGAGUCACCUGGGAACGCAGUGCUUUGACGGCCUCCCAGCCUGGAGACUCU